UCUUUUCGAUUCCGGAUUCUGCAGGUCCCACGUCGGUGCUCUCGAUUUUUCGUAAAUUUGCCACGGAAUACUCCGCCAACACCACAACGAAAUCAUGGCUUUCGGUGAUGUUAAGACUGCCAACGGACUGAAGGAACUGGACAAGUUCCUCGCCGACAACAGCUACAUCUCGGGAUACGUCCCGUCGAAGGCAGAUUUGUCGGUGUUCGAGGCCCUCGGCAAGGCACCGGCUGCGGCCAACGUGAACGCUCUGCGUUGGUACAACCACAUCGCGUCGUUCAGCGCCAAGGAGCGUGCGGCGUGGGGUGGACAGGCUCUGCCACAGGCUGCUGGAGCGAAGCCUACCGUUGCUGCGGCCGCUGCCGCCGAUGACGAUGAUGUGGACCUGUUCGGAUCCGAGGACGAGGAGGAGAGCGCCGAGGCGGCGAAGCUGAAGGAGGAACGAUUGGCCGCAUACAAUGCGAAGAAAUCGAAGAAACCCGCCCUGAUCGCCAAGAGCUCCAUCCUGCUCGACGUGAAACCGUGGGACGACGAGACGGACAUGAAGGAAAUGGAGAAGAGCGUCCGAAGCGUGGUAAUGGAUGGUCUGCUCUGGGGUGCGGCCAAGCUGGUCCCGGUCGGCUACGGUAUCCACAAACUGCAGAUCUGCUGUGUCAUCGAGGACGACAAGGUCUCGGUAGAUGAGCUCACAGAGAAGAUUCAGGAAUUCGAAGACUUUGUCCAGUCGGUUGAUAUUGCGGCGUUCAACAAGAUCUAAGCGCACCAUGUUUUACCAGCACGACACCUGUGCUAUGGGAGUUAUUUAAAAUGUGCGAUCUACAAUAAAACAGAGCAACUUUCUAAUUGCUAGAA